AUGGACCGCACCACCUGGCUAGAUGGCCUGCGCGGUAUCGCCGCGGCCAUCGUCGCGACCGAUCACUACUUUAUGGGCGGGGUUUUGGACUACGCCUUUCAUUCCUUCUGGGCUGAUCCACCAGAAGAUAACAGACGACUCCUCCAGCUGCCUCCUAUUCGGCUCAUAUUUGCAGCCCAUGCCAUGGUGCCGAUGUUCCUGGUGAUUUCCGGCUAUGCCAUCUCAAUCAACUUACUUCGACUGCGAAAUAGCAGCGUCGCUGACUUUGUGCGCCGGCUGUCGUCUGCUGUGACGCGCCGAGUGUUCCGCAUUUACUUGCCUGUUUUUGUCAUCACAGCCAUCUCGCAGUUCCUUUACUUUUGUAAUCUCUACCAGUGGAGCUUUGGGGAUGAGGUCGUUUGGGGUUGGAAACCUUGGACUGCACCAUGGCUGCAUGUCACUUUUGUCUUUCGCUAUAUGCUGGACGUUAUGAAUAUUGUGAAUUUUCAGGGCAAUCCGGGCCUCAAUGGCCAAUUGUGGACGAUGCCUUUGGAAUUCCGGGGAUCGUGUGUCGUCUACCUCGCCGUCUUGGGAUUGGCGUUUUGGAGGCCACCGCUUCGAAGGUUGGCAUUAGCAGCACUGAUGGCCUAUUGGUUCUACUUUGGCUCUUGGGACAUCUUUGCAUUUUUGACCGGUCUCUAUCUCGCGGAAACGCGUCUAUCAUCCAGCGUACCCGCAGACGACAGUGAGCCGAAACUGCCUUAUUACUCGUGGACGCCGAGCAUCAAGUCCAUCGACAUUUCUGUCCUCUGGACCGCUUUCUGCUUCGUUUUCGGGAUUUAUCUGGUUUGCCUUGGUGACGACGGAGAGCUACCGCCUGGAUAUCUAUUCCUGAAGCUCGUUGAGUCCUCCCGCUGGGAGAAUGACUGGGCGGUGAUGAGCAAAAGCUGGAAAACUGUGGGCUCGGUGUUUGUCAUCUACGCGGUCAGUCAAUCGCCUCGUCUGCAAAGUCCCUUGAACUCUGCGCCCAUGCAGUAUCUGGGCCGGAUAUCAUUUUCGCUGUACUUGAUUCAUCAGUCGAUCUACCAUCUGGUGCGAGAUCCGGUCAGAAAUUUCUUGUGGUAUGUUGCUACCAGAGAGGUAUAUCCGGGGACGCAGGCAGCGAGUGAAUUCACGGUGCCCUUUGCCUUUACAUGGCUUCUGGGGUACGUAAUCAUGUCUGUAAUUAAUAUCUAUGUCGCGGACCUGUAUACUCGUUUUGUGGACGAGCGAUGUGUGCGGGGUGCGAAGAAACUUGAUAGAUGGCUGACUCGGUAG